UCGGUCUUUUAAUAUAUAGGGUACUCGUUGCGGCUCGAAAAUCCCCGUCGAAUGGGCCCUGAACGAACCCUCUAGGGUGCUCCGUUCGCGAGAUAUCGCGAAAAAACUGUUUGUCAAAGAAAAUUGCGAAUAUCUCGGAAACUAUGAGAGAUAGAGGGUUGUUUCUGGCAGCAUUCGACGCGGCUCGAAAAUGCGACAUUACGAUUGUACGUUAGCGGAGAAGGUGGAACUGAAAAGAGUUUCUUAAUUUAAACAAUUAAGUGUUGGAUAAAACAAUAUCUCAAUAAAGAUACCACUAUAGCGGCACCUACUGGCAUAGCAGCGUUUAAUAUAGACGGUUUGACAGUUCAUAGAUUGCUUCAAUUACCUGUUGAACAUGGUCAUAUUCCAAAGUAUAAACCAUUGUCUGAUCAUGUGUUAAAAGUUUUACGAGCAGAUCUCAAGGAUGUUGUUCUUUUUGUGAUUGAUGAAGUGUCAAUGAUAUUUAAUUUGACUUUAAUGUACAUACAUCUUCGAUUGUCUGAAAUAUUUAAUACUAACGAUUGUGAAGACGGUUGGUUCGGUCAAAAGCACAUUUUUGUAUUUGGUGAUCUGCUGCAAUUACCUCCUGUACAUGACGAUCCUGUUUUUGUACGAUUACCAAACGACAAAAUUGAUAAAUGUAUCGGUUCUUUAACUGCUGUUAAUUUGUGGACUACAUUAUUUGAUUAUGAUGAGUUGACGAUCAAUAUGUAUCAGCAAGGGGAUGACUCUUAUCGACAGUUGUUGUCAAGAAUUCGUAUUGGUUUAUUGACAAAGUCUGAUUGCGAGAUUCUUGAAAAUAGACAAAUAUCGUUUAAAGGUGAUUCUUUUGAAUCUAGAUUAAACGAAAUAUGUAAUUUUAUUAAUGAUUUUCCGUUGGACAUUGUUUGUUUAUUGCCUACACGUCAUAUGUGUGAUGUUCUUAAUGCUGCAAUGUUAAACCGCAUUGCUUCGAAAGAGAUAUUAUUAAUUGCCAAAGACACGAUUGACUGUAUACCAUAUGUGAGAAAGAAAGUAUCAAAAGUAUUAUCGAAUAAUGAUGAUGAUAAUUCUAAAACUGCUGGACUUUCAAAAGAAAUUGCAAUUAAGAUUGGAGCAAAAGUUAUGAUAAGGCGUAAUAUUGAUGCUACUUUAGGUCUUGUGAAUGGUACAAUAGCUAAGGUAAUAUCAGUUGUACAAGAUACGUCUACCGAUGAUGUAGAAAAAAUAAAGCUUCUUUUACCAUCAGGAUUAGAAUAUUUAAUUGAAAGAGUGAGCGUUAAAUUUGAAGUGGUGGAUAGAGUGUUUGUUACUAGAAAACAAUUUCCAUUGUGUCUGAGUUAUGGAAUCACCAUUCAUAAAAGUCAAGGAUUGAGCCUACAAAGUGCUAUUAUGGACAUAGACAACUCUAUAUUUAAUUGCGGUCAAGUUUAUGUUGCAUUAUCACGAGUAACGUCUCUAAAAGGGUUGCAUUUAAUUAACUAUGAUCCUUCGUCAGUAAUAGCUGACGAAAAAGCUAUUAGAGAAUAUAAUCGACCAAGAAAUCAGUAUAAACCAGAAACAGAAAUAAUUACUGUUGGAAAAGAACGCUAUCGCAAAGUGAAAGAUGUUCCAUGGGCAUUGUCAAAAGUAAGUACUUCAAUUCAAGAGAAUUAUCAAAAUCAAAAAUUACGGCAAAAUGUUGUUUGGGUUUUACAUGGUUUUCAAAAUACAGACAAUGUUUCAUGUUAUGCUGCAAAUGCAGCAUUACAAUGUCUAAUUUAAAUCCCAUUUAAGUCCCAUUAGAAAACAAUUGUUUAAUUGUAAUAAAUCAGAUGUUUUAAAAAUGUUAAUGCAUAGAUAUGAAAAUGGAAUGUGCAAUUUGAAUACAUAUGCAGUACGGCAAUAUUUAGGAGAACCGUUUCAAUAAAUGUAAAACGUGAUGUAUUCGAGUUUCUUACAAUCCUGUUCACUAAAUAUGAUUGCAUAAGACAACUGGUAGAGCAUCAAGUAACUUCUACUAGUCGAUGUAAAUCUUGUGAUUAUACAAAGGAAUUUACUUGUAAGGAUGUAGUUAUUUCAAUACCUAUUAACAAUUUGGGGAAAAAAAGCUAUACUCUUAAUGAUUUAUUAAAUGUUACAUUUUCACGUUGGUGUGAAUCAGAUGGGUCAUGUGAACAGUGUACAGGAAAUGCUAUUUUGUUUAAGAACGAAUUAACAGUAACGAAAGAUAUAGUUAUUAUUCGUUUAGUAUUAUUUUCAUCUCAAGAUGAUAAAAUUGUGAAAGCAAUACGUAAAUUUAAUAUAUGUACUAUUCCUACAACUAAAGUUUUAAUAGCUAGACAAACGUAUAAGUUUAUGAAUGCUAUAUUUCAUAGUGGUUUAUGUACUGAGGAUGGUCAUUACACGAGUAUAUGUAGAGAAGGAAUGUCUAAUAAUUGGACUGAAGCUGAUGAUGCACAAAUUAAAAAAAGACAAUGGCCUAGAGGUGCUAAAGAUAUUUAUAUAUUAUUCUUACAAAAACUUGAUAGUAC